AGGGAAAUGAUGCCGGAUAUAACUUUUCCCGCGCUCUUGAGACAAGCCACGGGAUACGGCCCAUAAGACCAGCAAAGAUGCGCGGCUUACAUGCAUAGUGUAGCUGUCUGAAUGAAGACUUUUACACGGAAGCGCAAAAGUGCUCCGCUUGAGGAGCCUCUCUUGACCAACGGGACGAAUGUCGAUCCCAAGCAGCCAGGGAAUGUUAAUACAUCAUAUUAUGAUACGGCGUGUGCGGAUACACCUCUGCAGCUAGCGGCUGGGGCAGCACAGCAGGACCUUGUGGCCUGUUCACCUGCAUCGGCACCAGCUGAGCCCUUGCCGAAUAAAGUAGGGAAGCGAAAGCUAGAGGAGGAUGCACCAUAUGUCACAAACAAGGAGUCGCGCGUGGAGACGCCCAGGGGCGUACAGACGUCCACCCAGCGAACGUUUCCUAUCCAUCAUCCCAGCGACACGGCUACUCGGGCGCCUCAGCCCGUCGCGGGCAUUCAGUCACGCGGAUUCUUUCACAAUGGAGACGGCAGCAAUGUGGCCAGCGCGGGUACGAAAAGCAACCGUACGGCAGCAUCUACCGCAGCGCAGGGCCCUCGUACCACUCCGGAAGGCGGCGGCGGUACGGCAGCGGCAGCUGCAGACAAGAUCAUGGUGGCAACAGCAGCAGCUCUGCCGAGGAACUCUCCCUCCCGGCGGAGUCCCCGGCUUGGGGCCAUGAGGGGCGAGGUGGUGCAGGAGGGGCCAGCAGCGGCGGGGGCGGCGGGAAAGCCGCGUGGAGGGAAGCAGCCGCCAACAGGCUUGGGUCUGGGUACGGCGGUUGGCAGCUCUGGGUACGACUUUGACGUCAGCGAUGCCGAGGACGACGACGAUGGCUGCCAUGCUAAUGAGAGCGGAGAAGAGGAGGAGGAGAGGAAAGAGAGGGGCCCGAAGGAGAAGAUGAGGGCAAAUGUUGAAGCGGUUGGGAGCAACGCAGGACGGCAAAAGGGCAUGCGAACGCAGCUGCAGCAGCCGUCAGCUGUAGGGCCGGCACAAGCCGGCGACGGAGGCGGCAACAGCGGCAGCGGCGAUGCUGCUGUGCUGACUGGGCGGUUCAGUAGGCAGAUCACAAAGGCCGGGUCGCCGCCUGCUACAGCGGUGACGGCGGCAAAGGAGGCUAAGCCGGCUGCACAGGGAACGGCGGCGGCGGCGCGGCCACUGCCACUGCCGGCAAGGGCGCCGUCAGGCACGGCUGAAGUGACUGCUACCGCAGUCAUCCAAGCGGUACCGAAGCCGGUGCUGAAUGUUUUUAGUCGGCGUCGUGGAAGCAUGACAACCGGCGUCAGUGGCAACGCCGGACCGCUGGCGGGAAGUGUCGGCAGCGGAGGUGGCACGCCGCCGCCUGUGCCGCCGCCAGCCGCGGCGCCGGCAGCACCGUCAAUGCCGCGUCCCUUGUCAGGAGCAGAAGGGCAAACGAGCAACCGCCAAACGGAGUUGCAACAGCCACCGCCGCCGCCGCCAGCUGAGCAGCCGCAGCAGCGACCCCGUGCGCGCGGCGCUGCUGCCAACGCCCCCGCCGCCGCUGCUAACGCUGCCGCCGGCGGCAGGAUGGCAUCGACGGCGGUGGCUGUAGGCAAGCAUCACCUCCCAGAGCAGCCACAACCGCCGCCGCCUCAGCUGCAGCGGGCGCUGCCGCCGCUGCCAGCAGCCGUGGCGGCGGCGGCGGUGGUACCUCCGACGACAGCACCUCCGUCGCGGCCGACAAGGAGUGCCUCACUGCCGCCACCAGCGGCGCGUCCGGCCGCCGCCACUGCCAUACCCCGGCUUUUUGGCAGCCAACCUUCCUCCUUCGACCCACCGCCGCCGCUGCCGUCAUCGCAGACGGCAUCCCAAGGCACGGGGACGGGCACACCCUCCGCUGCUGCAGGCAGGGCAUCACGACCCAUUGGUCGUGGCCUCCUUCCAAGUAGCAGCGGACCGCUUGGUACGACAGCAGCCGGCGGCACUAAAGCGCCGCUGGCAUCAUCGCCGUCGCUCUCACGCGGCGGCGGCCCUGACAGUGCGCGAAACGGCGGUGCCGCCGCCGCUGGCGGGAGCCCCGGCGCAGGACGGCAGGGUUCCGCGGCGCUUGGUGGCCGGCAGAGGGCGGGUAGUGCAAUGUCUGCUGGCGGCGGUGGCGGCGGUGGCGGGCGAGUGAGGGGCGGUUCGCAAGGGGAUGACGACGCGGCUGCCGCGGCGGCCAGCCACUCUAUUGUGGAGGCGCAAGAACGCGGCGAGCUGCUGCAGCUGCAAGAUGACGCGCUGUACGCAUUGGAUGGGCUCAAGGCCGCCGCCGCUGCCGUACCCGCAACAACUUCCGUACCAGGCGGUGCAGGGGGCAGUUGCGGUGCUGGCACUGCCGUACGAGAGCCCGCCGCUGCGCUGGCGGCCAUCCUGGCGACCCGGCGUGGCCGAGCGGCGCUGAGCCGCCCCACCAACCUGGCCCAGCAAGCCCUCACCUCCCUGGCUCGCACGACUGCGGUACCCCGAGACCCCGUGGCGGCUUUAGCGGCGGCGGUUAUCCUGUUGGCGCUCGUACAGGAGGAUGCGCUGCCGGCGUACGGCGCGUCGUACGCGGCUGCCGUACUGAUGCGGCAGGUCUUGCAGCAGGCGGAGUCUGACGCCCCGCCGAUCCUACAACCGCCUAGCAGCGGCGCUGAAGCCGGCGGCGGCGGCGGCAGCAGUUGGAAGCUCCUGACGGAGGCGCUAGCAGCGGCGGGUGGUGCCGGCAUUGGUGGCGGCGGCGCGGGUGGUGAUGCCAUUGUUCGACGACUGAGCAAGCUGUUUCAAGAGGGCCAUUUGGCGCGCCAAGUGGGGCGACCUGAGCUGGUGAUGAGUCCGCUGCCGCUGGUUCUUAGAGCCCUGGUCACGGCCUCUGGUACGGCCCCCGCCCGCAUCCACUUUGCCGAGCGGCUGAAGGACAACAUGCACAAAGUGGGCAUCCUGCCGCUCCUAGCCCGCUUGAUUGCCGCACGACGCGACGCAAUCGUACGACAUCUCAACCGGCGACCAGACAAAUGACGGGUACGAGCGGCGGCAGCGACGGCCGUGGUGACGAUCCGUACUCGUUCGGCGGUUCACCCGCCGACGCGGGGGAGGCUGUCCCGCCGCCGCUGGGAAGCAACCCUUCGCAACUGACGGCGGCGCCGCCAGCGCCGCCGGCUCCACUUCCCCGCUGGCUACUUUGGGAGCUACAACUGCUGCUGCAAGUCCUGGAGAACGCGACAUUCACGCACAAGGUUAACGAGAACGAAUUGCUGGCGUUACGAGUGACGACGGGGUUGCCUGUCGCCCAUGCAGACGCCGCCGCUGCGGCGACGGCAGUGGUAACGGUGACGGAGAGACAGGUUGCGGAACCGCAGUCGCAGCAGCCGCUACCGCCAUUUUCGCAGGAGCUUUCGCAGCCGUUCGAGGCCACUCAGCCACCGCUGCUUACCCAGCAAGUGCCGCCGGCAACACAGCCUUCGCAACAAGAGCUGGAGUCCCUUCUAACUCAGCCGCCGCCACCGCCGUUACAGGCGCCGCCGUCGCAGCCGCUACCGACGGCGGCGGCAGAUGGAACGCCCUUCAUUGCCGUACUCGUCGACGUUGUACGACAGCUGGCUGAGCUGGCUGACGUCAGCGAUGACAGCGACGACGGCGGGAUCGCCGCCGCCUCACUCGGUCCGCGGCCGCCAGCGGCCGCGGCGGGCGGCGCUGACGCGCCUGCUUCCGCCGCUGCCGUACACGAAUGUUGUCAGGCCGCCGCCGCGGUGUUGAUGAACCUAACACACGAACAUGCUGACGGCGUCGCGGCGGUGGCGGCGGCGGGAGGCCUGCAAGCCGUUGGUGGUUUGAUCUGGCGCUGCUGCCAACCGCAUCCGCAACCGCCGCCGACGUCGCAACCGUCGGAAGCACCGCCACAGCCGCAGCCGCUGCGACUUGCUGUGUUGAAAAGCGCAAUCGUGGCAAAACUGGAGGUCUUGAGUGUGAGCUUGGGCCUGCUGAUCAACAUGACAUCCAAAAGCCCCGUCCACCGCAAGUCACUGCGGGCCGUUGCCCUGGACGUUCCGUUGCUGCCACGCACGCAUCCUCCACAACCGCCGCCGGCAUCGCAGCCUCAAACCGAGUCUCAGCAGCCGUCGCAGCAGCGGCCGUACGACUUCACUUGGACGCAAACGCAAUCACAGCCAUUGCAGUCACAGCCAUUGCAGUCACAGCCGCCGACGAUGACGGAAGCGGCGACGGCGACGGCGGCAGAAGCGCCGCGGAUGGUUCCAUUGCUUUGUGCCGUACUCAACGCCGACACGCCGCCACCGCCCGCAGCGACCGCUGCCGGCGGCGGCGGCAGCGACGCAGCGGCGACGGCGGCGGCAGGAGGAGCAGCUGCCGAACGAGGCAGUGGCGGAGGCGGCAUUGAGGUGGCGGAGGCGGAGGUGACGGAGGCGGCGCUUUCAGAAGGUCAAGAAGGCGGGCAGGCCUCCAUCGCGCAGCUCUACUCGGCCAUCCUGUUGGGG